AGAGGCCAGAGAGAGAGAGAGUCAUUAAACCCUGAGAAAGCUUCUUUGUCGUCUAGUAAGCAAAAGGAUCACACUUUUUUCUCCGGCGGAAAAAAAAAAAAAAACUCUCCUCGAAAUUGAUUCUGAUCUCAAUUGAUUGAGGGAAGGAAGGAACUAAUGUAUUCGCUUUCGAGGGUUCUCCGAAGGACUCGGAGUUAUAACUUUGCAUCCACUACUACAUUUAGUGGCCCGGUUAGUAAAUUAGAAGUAUCAAGUUGUGACAAAGAAAGGGUCUUUAGAUCAACUGGAUUGAUUUGUCAUAAAUCUCAAGGUUUAGUCAGACUCUAUUCCACAAGAGAUGUGUUUUCACGCUUCUUUGGCAUCCAUAAGCUUUCUUCUAUAGCUGAUGAUGCUAAAGAAGACAAAGGAGAUGAGGAUGCUGCUGUAAGGGAUGAGGAUUUGUCUGGAUUAGAGGAGGUGAUUCCUGUUUCUGGGGAUGUAACAGAGGGAGUUGUUGUUGAUGUUGAUUCUUUAUCCGAGUCUGAGCUUGGUGGUACUGAUGUUGAUGAUGCGUCUGACAGUGGUCUUGGAAUUGAAGUGGAGCAUUCAAAUGAUGGGAAGACAACUAAGAAAAGAGUGAGCUCUGAGCUGUAUGAAUCUAUUGUUGCCUAUAAAUCUGUGAAACAUGUUCUUGAAAAAUGGGUCAAAGAAGGUAAAGAUUUGAGUCAAGCUGAGGUUUCUCUUGCUAUACACAAUCUGCGUAAACGCAGAUCCUUUGCUAUGGCUUUGCAGCUGUGGGAGUGGUUGCGAGCUAAUAAGCAAUUUGAGUUCACAGAGGCUAAUUAUGCUUCUCAACUGGAUUUGGUGUCCAAAGUACAUGGUCUACAAAAAGCCGAAAACUUUUUGAAGGAUAUUCCUGAAUCUUUCAGGGGAGAAGUAGUUUACAGAACCCUGCUGGCUAAUUGUGUGCUUAAGCACCAUGUGAACAAAGCUGAAGAUCUUUUUAGCAAAAUGAGAGAACUAAAAUUUCCAACAAGCGUGUUUGCUUGCAACCAGUUGCUUCUCCUCUACAGUAUGCAUGAUAGGAAGAAGAUAGCUGAUGUUUUGUUACUCAUGGAGAAAGAAAACAUCAAGCCGACGGGGCGUAAAGAGCGAGCUCGAGAAGUUAUGAAGGAAAUAGAAGGGAAAGGCUUGAAACAAACUCCAUGGGUGUGCCGUUCAUUACUCCCUCUUUAUGCAGACAUAGGAGACACUGACAAUGUGAGAAGAUUGAGUAAGUUUGUCGAUGAAAAUCCGAGAUAUGAUAAUUGUAUUUCUGCCAUUAAAGCAUGGGGAAAGCUGAAGGAAAUCGAAGAAGCGGAGGCGGUGUUUGAGAGACUUGUGAAGAAGUACAACAUUUUCCCUAUGCUCCCGUAUUUUGCCCUCAUGGAGAUAUACACAGAGAACAAGAUGCUAGCGAAAGGUAAAGAUCUGGUUAAAAGAAUGGGAAAUGCAGGAAUUAAGAUUGGCCCUUCGACAUGGCAUGCGCUGGUGAAGCUCUACAUCAAAGCGGGAGAAGUUGGGAAAGCUGAACUGAUAUUAAAGAGAGCGACAAAGGAUAACAAGAUGAGACCUAUGUUCAUUUCCUACAUGGUGAUUCUUGAGGAGUACGCAAAAAGAGGGGAUGUUCAUAACGCGGAGAAGGUUUUCCUGAGGAUGAAAAGUGCAGGCUAUGCAGCUCAGCUUAUGCAGUAUGAAACAGUUCUCAUGGCUUAUAUAAACGCCAAAACUCCUGCUUAUGGGAUGAUUCAGAGGAUGAAGGCAGAUAAUGUGUUCCCGAAUAAGACUCUUACUGCGAAACUGGCUCGUGUUAAUCCAUUUAGUAAGAGUCCAGUGUCUAUUUUACUUGACGAAUGAUCGAUCAUAAUCAUCUUGUGUAUUGAGCUGCCAAGUCUUUGUUCUGACUGCUGCUAUUGCUAAGCUAGGAAAUAAGAAGAAACAGAGUAUUCAUUUUCAGUCAAAUCAGAUUUCUCACUUUUGAGUUUUUCCUAGUCUCUUGUGGGUACAAGUGACAUACUAAAAACACAAAGACUAUGAUAAGCUGCAGCAAGUGUAUUUCAGAGGGAGGAAGAGUAUUGAAAAUACAUGUAAGGCGAGGGCUUUGUGAGAAGUACCAUUGUUGUUGUUAGAUGAAACAUGAUCAACACUUAUUUCUUUGAUUUCUUCAGUAAGGCGAGGGCUUUGAGUUACAGGAAGCGUCGUGGCAUUAGAUCUCUUGGAUUUUUGACUGAAGCUGAGCCAUACUGAAAUGGCGAGGAUUACUAUGAAGACUGCAAAUAGAGCGAUCACUAUGAUCUCCCACAGUUGAAGAGCGCCGUAUCUCUUGGUUUGAGAUUGUUUCAGCUUAGAUGUCAUAUUUCAAAGAGACCUGUAUGUACCUACAAAAUUUGAAUUGGUUUUUAUCAAUGUAAUCAAAGUUACGGAACAA